UUCGUUCGUCUUACCGCCAUUGCGCGUCAGUUCGUUCUGCUUUGUACAGAAUUCACUAUUCUUCUUCAUAUUCGCGGGUCCUGACAUUUUGAAAGUUAUGACACUGCAUGAGAAGAUCAGUGUGUAAAGAGCGUCUCUUCCAAUUAGAUACUCGAAGCUUGAAUAGUAUCCUACAAGAGCGGGCGAAUAUCGCUUAUGUCCCCUUCAGCUCAAAUGCUCCGUCACGAACCAGGUGCACGUGAGAGCUUGUCGUGAUUUUUUGGCUGAUCUGUCAGCUGUGACUUGCACCAGACUCCCUCCUGUGGAAGACAAGAAUGAGAGUUCUGCUGAAUUCUGGGACUGGAGAAAUGGGGUGCUUUUUGCAGCUGCGAGUUGACCAAGUUGCAGUAGACGGAACCGAGAAGACUGUAUGUGAAAGAAAUUGCUGCAAGAUCUCCUAAUCGUUUGAGGCCUUCGAUAUUUCUAUGGGGAAUGUGGCGGUUCUAUCAUGCUUCGUAUCGAAAGCGGUGCGGGUGGUGCAUCCGAAUGGCAAGUGAAGGACCCAAUUCGAAGGCAACAAUGGUUCCUCAGGAGAUGGAAUUGGAGUUUGGGCGCACUUAUGUGCUGGUGCCCCUUCCUCGGCUCUUCGAUAAGGUGAAAGAUGUUCGACACUCCCGACCCACAUCUUGCUUCCCGAGGAGCCUUUGCCUUGGUCCAGGGGGUCAAGGAUUCCCAACAUUAUCAGAUUCGGAUGAUAACGAGGCGACGUUUACCAGAAGAGCAAAAGGUCGAGUAACUUUAGGAUCAUUGCUGGCUUUACAUACAGGAUGCCUGGGACUAGUGAGGAAAAAAUACAAAGAUUCCAUCAGAAGCCCGAGUGCCUUGAAACUGCAGCGAAUUUUGGCGAAGGCGGAGAUGAAUUGGAGGUGCACGUGUGUGGAAACCAGAUCAUGGAGGCCAGAGCUCGAGAGCAUAAAGGAAGAAGCAAGAAAGAACAGCUUGUCACGUCGAUUUGAGUUUAGUCUUAUCGAGAAUCAUCGACCCUUGGAGCCCGCCCCUUAGACCGAGAUCUGAAUGUGUUAUGACGGGAGGAGUAAGUUUACAGCACCCAUCACAUUGUUUAGAAGAAUCCAAAGAAGAUUAGUAUUCAGCAGUCCCCGCAGUUGGACAGAAGUUGGCUCAAAAUUUAUCUCAGCAUUUAAAUCAUUAAUUUCAGGGUCCAGGUGCAGUGUUACCAAGUAUUCUGAAGAUCUCAGAAUCCAUCAAAUGCCACCAUCAACUCGGACAUUGUACACUCGGCAGCAGAGCAGUAGUCCUUGCACAUUUAUGCUUGUGAAAGUACUGAGCGUGUCUAAGCUCGCAGUAGUUCCACUUUCAUUUAAUUAGAAUCGGAUCCCGUCGUCAAACUUAGAGUUAGAAAGAUGCAAUUUUCUUGACAGAUUGCAACGCCACAGACGUACAUAGAAUUUCCCUCGGUCUCAACCUGCUUCAGACGACGCAAUCAUGGGUAAAGUCCCUGCAGCCAAGCAGAGCACGAAUCAUUCUCCAUAACUUAAUUUGUAGCAUAGUUUAGACAGAACAAAGAUUCUUUACAUGUUCAGACGUGCAUAUUGAUUCCUGUUGAGGCUUCGGGAGUGGACGAGCGAUGGAUGAUUCAAGGUUGAGUUUGACUACAGGAGACAUUUGCACGUUCUGACUUUUUGAUUGUUAUCAAUGGCGUUCACGUCUGUCUGG